ACACACACACACACACACACACACACACACACACACACACACACACAGGCGCAGAAAGAAUGCUAUAGCCAUUCAUUCACAGAGGGCGGGGUCGGCGGCUUCGAGAUUGCUGCGCAAGCGUACUCUAAAGUACUGGCCAGGCCCCCCCCCUUCUUCUCCAGUCCUCGCGCAGGCGCAGGAGGCGGCGGCUUGUAGUGGAGUUGCUACUGUAACCCGUUAGAGUCUGGCCCUGUUGCUGCUGGUGGUCUCAGACUGAGCCGUGACAGUAUCCAGCCUCCGGAGCGGGUGCGGGAGACAGAGUCGCAGCUUCGCGUGCCGGUGAGAAAGAGGGGGUCUGUGUGGCGGCGCGAGUGGAGGUCGGAGUCUCCCGGACACUGACCGCUGCAGCCGCCACCGCCGCCGCCGCCCCUGUUGGGGCUUGGCGAUCGCGGGCCCCCUCCCCAGCUCCCUCCCUCGUGCCCUCUUUGUCUGCGGGGCAGUUCCAGUUUCGGGCCUCCCAGGUGGCCGCCGUCUCCCUGGGCCUUGCUGGUGUCGUGCUGCCCCUGCUGCAAGCUGCCCGCCCCUCCCCGCCCCCCUGCCCCCUUGUGGCCGCUAGGCUUGCUGAGCCCGGCCAGUUUCGGACCCCCAGGCUAGCCGCCGCCUUUUUCUGAACCUUGCGGGUCUUCGGGCCUCCCCAGUACCCUCCGGCUCCCUGAACUUGCCAUUUGACAUUUUCGAACUCUCGGGUGCUAGCCGCCUCUGCUAGGGCUUGGCGUUUGCGCUUCCCGCCCCGCCCCUCCAUCCGUGCCCGCCCGGUGCUCAGGGCCUUGCCAAUUUGGGGCCUUCCCGGUGCCCGCCGCAUCCGCUGAACGUUGCCCGUGUCGGGCCUCCCCGGCCCCCCCCCCCCCCCCCAAAGCGGCUGCGUCGCCUCCUGGAGCCGGUCGCCAGGCUCUGAGGUAAGGGCCAGACUUGGCCUUGUCUGUGUCUGCCGGACUAGAGAAGGAAGCUGGGGUUGGCCGCGGCUGCUCGGAGGGGCUGAGAGCGUCCAGGGCUGAAUAGCCAAAGUCAGCAUCGGACUUUGUGGAUCGUGGACUGGACUGGGUCGGGUCGGGUCGGGUCGGGCCUGUACUGUCCGAUCUGGGCGCAGCCCUGGGGGGAAGGGGAGAGGACCAAGUAAUUGAGUUGACUCGGUGGUCGUUGUUGUGAUCGCGGUGGUCGCGGUGGUGGGGGUGUCCGCGUCGGUUGCGUCGGCUUUCCUCUGUCCCUACUGAGAAAUAAAAUGUCUAAGAGAAAAGAGGACGAUUUCCCCCCGGCCACAGAUCAGAAAAGAGCAAGGCCUGGAUGGGACUCUGAUGAUGACCUGGACUUUGACCCCAUUGAGGGGACCUCUCAGGGUGCUGGGGGUCUUCCGAGCAUUGUUAGUUCCCAGGAGCCCACGGGGGAAUAUGGGAUCAUUGAAAGUAUCCAGCUGGAGAACUUUAUGUGCCAUGCCUCGCUGGGGCCUGUGAAAUUUGGACCCAGUGUCAAUUUUGUGGUGGGAUACAGUGGGAAGAGUACAUUGUUAACAGCUCUCGUGGUGGGGCUUGGUGGAAAAUCAUUAGGGACGUCUUUGAAAGAGUUUGUGAAAGAUGGGGAGUCCUCAGCCAACAUCUCAAUCACCUUAAAGAACAAAGGCAUAGAUGCCUUUAAACCAGAGGUUUAUGGGGAGUUAAUCACCGUGCACCAGCACAUCAAUGGGGAUGGCUAUGCGAGUUACCAACUCAAAGACUGUACCGGGAACGUGGUUUCCAAUAAGAAAGCAGAGCUCACUGCCAUUCUUGAGCAUUUUAAGAUCCGAGUAGAUAACCCAGUGUCCAUUUUACCCCAAGAGAUGGGGAGGCAGUUGUUGCGGACCAGAAAUGAAGGGGAAAGAUACAGUUUCUUCCUGAAAGCUACAGAGCUUGAACAGAUGAGAGAAGAGUACUCAGAAAUUUUGGAGAGAAAGGCCAGAAGCCAGCAUCAGAUAGAACAAGGCGAGGAGCAGCUUGAGGAUCUCAAGCGUCAGGGGGUAGAGAUAGAAGAGCAUUUUCAGACGAUGGUUACCCUGGGGAAGACGUUAGAGGACAUGAAACUGGAGAUGACUUGGGCAGUGGUCAGUGAAACUGAAAGACAGCUUGAUGAUAUGAUAAGUAACAUAAAUAUUGGAGACCAGUGUACUAUCAUACUAAAUCAGGAACUGGAGGCCUCAAAGAUCAUAUUUAAUGAAGCCUUAAAGAGGUACACGGCCAUCCAUGAGAAUAUACAAAAGUUAAGUGAGGAAGCCUCCAUCAUAGGGCCCCAGUGCAUUCAAGCAAAAGAGGAUACAAUAAGAACAGACAGGGCCUAUAGUCUGGCGUUGGCUUUCUAUACUUCUGCCCUAAAUGAAUACAGUGAAAUUGAAAAAGUUGCAGGACAGCAUCAAAGCAAACUUGAAAUCCUGAAAUCAGCUGUGGAAAUGGCCGAGCUAGAAAAACAGGAGAAAAUUUCCACGUUGAAGGAAAAGAUCAGGAACUUUAAGGAUCAGGAGGAUUCACUUGUUGAGGAGAUAAAGCAUCUUCAUCAGGCCAUAGAAAGAGAUGAUAAAGAGCAUUCUCGAGUUAGGGAAGAUGUUGUGUAUGUGCAGGAGCUGCUAGACGAUGACCAGUGCCAGCUCAACCGAUUGAAAGACUGUAAAAAUCAGCCACUAAAACUGUUUGGACACCAGAUGCCUGCCCUUAUUGAAGCAUUAGAAGAUGCCCAUAGACAAGGGCAAUUCACUUACAAACCAAUAGGUCCACUGGGAGCUUACCUUCGUCUCCGAGACCCUGAAUAUGCUUUGGCUAUUGAGUGCUGCUUAAAGGGCCUUCUUUUUUCCUUUUUUUGUGACAACCCCAAUGAUGCACAAAUCCUUCAGGAGCUGAUAAAAAGGUUUUAUCCAUUGGGCUGUAAACGACCACAGAUAAUCGUGUCAGCAUUUGACUGUGAGUUGUACGAUGUAACAGACAGAGCCCCUUAUCACCCAGAAUUUCCAACAGCUCUCACGGCUUUAGAAAUAAACGAUGCAGUGGUGACCAAUUCUUUGAUUGACAUGACAGGCAUAGAGUCGGUGCUGCUCAUUAAAAAUAAUGCCAUGGCUCGUAAAAUGGUGCUUCCUCAUGGGCCCCCCAAGAACUGUACCAAGGUUUUAACUGCCUGUGGUGACGAAGUAUUUCAGGGACGCUAUUACUCAUGUGAAGAAUCAAGGCCUACUUACUUAGGUGACAUGGACAUGGAAAUACAUAAUCUGGAGAAAGAUAUGGAAAAUAGAAUGGCACGGUUGUCUGCAUUUCAGGAACAAGUGCGUUCCCUUGAAAAGGAUGUCAGAGAGAAUCGAGAAACCAUUGACAGUCAUUAUCGACAUUUAAAAGAAAUCAAGAUUAAUGUCAUAAACAUCACUAAAGAAAUAAGAGACCUUGAGGAUGAAGAAGAUAGUCGGGCAAUAAGUCUCUCAGUUCUGGAAGAUGAAGCCCAAGAGUAUAACGAAGAGUUAAAACGAGUUCGGGAAAAAUUGAAAGCUCGAAACCAAGACUUGGAGAGUUUAAGGAAACCGAAGCUGGAAGCUGAAGAGAGAUUUGAAGAAUUGACAUUGAGAUGUAAUCAAGUUUCAGAAUUAAUGGAAUCCCUUAUUGAAGAACAAAACCAGACUGUUUUAGAAGUGGAAGCCAAACACCAGUCCAUGCUACAUUAUGACUGUAGGCUUAAGGAACACCUGGAUUCUCUUCAAGUGAAAAAGGAAGAGAUGGCCAUGAAAGAGAGAGAACUUGAGAGGGAAACUGCUCAGGCCAUAUAUAUCUGCCCUGAGCGUAAAAUAGUUACAAAAAGUGCCUCUGUUCUCAGCAGGGAAAUUAAUGCAUUGAAAGAGCGCAUACAAUCAGAAAACUACACUCACAGAAACCGGGAAGACGUGAUGAGGCAGUAUCAAGAAGCAAAAGAAAGAUAUCUGGAUCUUGAUGGCAAAGUGAAAAAUUUGAAGAAGCUCAUUAAAACACUGGAUAAAGUAUCAACACAGAGAUAUGAAACAUACCAGAGGGGUAGAAGGAAUCUUUCUUUACAGUGCAAGUUGUACUUUGACAGCUUGGUUGCUCAGUGGUCCUUCUGUGGGGAGAUGCGCUUCGAUCACAAGAAUGAGACUCUCGCCAUGACAGUUCAGCCUUCGGAUGCUACGUCCAGUGACUUGGGAUGUUUACCUGGAGAUAGGCAGUCUUUUUCAAAUUUUAUCUUUAUUCUUACUCUGUGGUCAGUCACAAAAUCACCCUUCAGAUGCCUGGAUGCAAUCGACGUCUACAUGGAUUGGGACAGAAGAAAACUUGCCAUGGAAAUGAUCCUUAGGAUAGCAAGUACCCAGAAUCACCACCAGUUCAUCCUGCUCACUCCUCAGUUCAUGAGGUCUCUUCUUCCAAGCCCAAUAAUUGAAAUAUUCCAGAUGCCAGACCUUAACAAAGACGAGGAAAUCCUGCCUCUCCAAGAGGUCCGUCCAGAAGUAGAAGACAAAGAAGCAGCCUGAACUUUUAAUUUAAUGUGAUUGUGUUGUCUGCUCGUUGUGGUGUUUUAUAUUUUUUAUUUCUCAAAAUGUCUACAGUACAGUGUGCAAAAUCUCCCUACUUUGGAAAAAAAUGUAAUAAUUAAAAGUACUUCAGAGUGGCAGGUUCAAGAUGGUAAAGUGGCAGGAAGUACAACAUAACACCCCCACCAGCCCUCCUCCACCAAGAUCUAGAAAUACCAGACAAAAUUCGGACCUGAAAAUCCAAGAAAAAGGCACCAGUGCCUGGCAGCUGAAGGAGAAGAGAGACAGAGACCUUUGUGGACACUGGGGAUGGGGACUUGGCUUGGGGGCAUUAUAGCCCCCAGGGACUUAAAGAGCCAAGCCUGGGCACCUGGGCAGGAAACAUCAGGUGGGGUGAAAAUAAGUUUGCUGCCCUUUUAAAUUCAGCCACUGUUUUGUGCUUAAGUAUUUCGAUGUUUGUUUUUCCUAACUUGUUUUCAAUAUUAAGAGAAGCUUCUGUGUCGUAUAUGUUGUAAACACUGUUCAUAAACAUCUGACAAAGUAUGGAAAGCCCAUAUAUGACAACCCACCAAUGGAAAAAUUUGACAAGUGACCUCACCAUUAGCUUUUGUCACCAGGUACAAAUGAAAUUAGUUGGCAAACAAUUUAGUUCCCCAGCCACGAUCCAAACUUGGGUAAAACCAGCUAAUGGUCCACAGCUAGACUUCUGAGAAGCCCACAAUCUUCACCCUGCUCUUGGGUCAAGACUGAGCCUGGCUUCUCUGUUCCCCACCCUUGAGACUCAAGCACCCACAUCAUGUUUCCUUGAAGACACUGCUGAUUGACUGACAGGGAUUUGCAGACUGGCCAGCUGACCACCAUGCUGGGAGGCAGCCGACUUCCAGUUGGGCAGAGAGAAGGAACUUUUUCAUUGAAUACCAGUUUGAGACAUACCUGCUGGCAAGCCCUGGAAAUCAGCAGAUGUGCAAGUGCUGUGAUUUCAUCAUCAGUGCCUUCGUGACUCCACCUGCUCUUCCUCGACCAUCUCUUCACAUGCCCUGCCCUGUGUUUUGCCUCACCGUACCUGCUCGCUGCCCCCUGCAACCAAGAAUGGCUUCACCCUCUGUUUGGUUGUUUGUUAUCCAGUGGUGCCUGUAAGUCCCAGUCGUGACAAGUGAGAUGCACAAAGAUAAAAACCAUUGCCAAUAUGGCAGUGGGGAACGCCACUUACUUUUAGACACCCCAGUGGAAACCGUGAGGUUAGUUCCUUUGGGCUUGCCAGAGACACAUAAGAAAACCUCAUCAGUAUACACUGGUGAUUGCUCACGUAUCACCAACAGGUAGCCAUGCCUGCCCUAAAGAAAGGCAAACGACGGAACUACAAUGCAGUGACCAUUGGAUGAAGAAUCGCAGGGCGUCAUCGGCUCGAGUGGAACAUCAUCAAGAAGCCCUGUAACAUGUUCUCUUAUACGGGUUCCUGGCCUGCUUUGCAGAGAUCCUGCAUGAGAGAACAUGGGACAAAUGGAUAGACAUUUUAAAGUGUUAAUGCUAAGGGUGAUGAGGGUACUUGUGUGUUCCACACAUUCUGACCCUAAGUGAUAGCCAAUUGUUUGCAAUUACUCUUUGGAUUGUACUUAUGAUCAUUAUAACACUCUUCAUUGACUCUCCUAGAUGGCUGUAGGGCUAGCCAGCAGCCGGAGGGUGGAUAUAGUGAGAAUAGACUCAUCCGUAUAACUGACUCCAUUUUUCAUCGAGCCUACAACUUGUGAUGAAGUGUUCUUAUGUUUGUUUUUCAGAGCUUCUCUUUUAAUGUGAAGAUAAGCAUAUCGUGGUUGGUAAACAACACGUGUGUGUUCGUAAACAACUGAUAAAUAUGUGUGACACCCCCCAUAUAGGACAGUCCACCCACCAGUGGGAAACUUGGGUAAAGGAUCUCAUGGAUUCAGAUAUCAGUCAGAUGAAACAAAUUUGGUCAGAGUUAGGACUCUGAGAAACCAUUGGAGCCCAUAGCCCUCAGCCUACUCUUGGGUUAAGACUGACCCUGGCACCCCUGUUCUCCAGACUUGAGACUCAAGUCCCACCCCCAUCCUCCCCCAACCCCCACUUCACCCCACUCAGUUGAGAACAGUGCCAACUGACUUGGAGAUUUGCCAGUCAGCCAAGCAGUCACCUUGAAAAGAAACACAACUACUGGCUGGGCACAGAGGGGACCUUGUUUCCAAGGACUGCUAUGAGACGUACUUGCUAAUAACUCAUAGUUAACAGAUUCGGUGGUUAGUUCCUAAUGGGGUUAAUGUUUGUAUUGUUUAAUUGUGAAUAUAAACUACAGAAACCUAAUGUUCAUUAAACCCAAAGAUCCAAGUUAUUGGGGCAAGAAGUCAUUAUUCCACAAAAAAAAGGGAAACUGGAAAGCAGAAACUAGGUAGAAACCAAGUUCUCACACGAUACGCCCAGAUAAGCUCCGAAGGAGAACCCACUUUAGACAUAAAUAAGCUAUAUGGGGACCACGGAAAAUGGUACGUGUCAGACCUAUGGAUAAGGGAAGAGUUCAUGAGUCAGCCAGACAGAGUGAAUCAUGGAACAUAAAAUCAUUUUGAUUGUAUUAAAAAGGGUUUGCAAAUUAGGAGGAAAUCAGGAAAAUGUGCAUCAGAUUUCACUUCCCAGAUAUAUAGGGGCACCAAGCCCAAUUUAUAAAAAGAAGCUAUUCCCCAGUUUGUAUUUAAGUCGAAGGACAAGAACAGGUAAUUUUCAGAAGUCAAAGCUAGCAGUGAUCAGGAGAAAAAUGCUCACAAUCAGUAAUGAUCACAGAAGUGCCCGUCAAAGCGAUUCUGAUUCAUGCCCAUCAGCCCAGCUGACAGGACAGAAUAGAAAACUGAUGAGCGCUGCUGGAGGGGGUACGGGAAAAUGGGUACAUUGUUCGGAACUGCCCAAAAGGCUCUAAAACUGCCCACCCCUAGACCCAGCAGUCACUACUAGGUCUGUACUCCAAGGAGAAAAAGAGCAAGGGCCUAGAGCUUUGAAAACAGAGAGCACUUUGUUUUGAAACCGAGGAGAUGCCCCCCAAUCAGGGAAUGUCUGAACGAGUUUGGUUGCUAACGACUUGGUUUUGUGUUAUAAGAAGCGAUGAAGGGAUGUUUGGGGAGAACCUGGGAAGACUGAUAUGUACUGAGGAAAAUGGCCCCCACUUUUACAGAGAGAAAACAGAGGAACCCUUGAGUGCAGAGUGAAGCAGAUUUUCUCACUUUAUUUUUCUUGCCCCUCUUCCAUGUGGUUUAUGUGGAAAUAUGUUUUGCAUGACUUUAUAUGUGUAAUGGGUAUUUUAUUUCUUGUCUCAGUGGGUGGGGGAGGGAGUAGAGGGAGGAAUUGAAAUUGGAACUGACAAUUUAAAACAAUGAAAAAACAGUUGAUAUAAACGGAUGUUUUCAUGUUCUUGAAUAAAGUGGUUGUUGUUAAGCAUCAAAAA